AUAAGGUCAUGUGUGACAUGUGAAGGGUGUUGUGUUCUCGCAUGGCGGGUCACUCUUGGAGGUAUUUUUAAUUUCGGUUUGUGUUCUUAUGGCUGAACUUGAGCGCGGCUGACAGCCGCAAGCCGUUUGCAUCAAACUGUCCUGAUUUUAGCCGAAAGGUUUUAGUUCAGUGACGUAUGGGAAACUUUGAAUGAGCUUGGGAAGCGAGGCAACGAUUUUGAAAUUGUUAUUCGACUUUGUUAGCGACGACGUUACAAGCAUUUCUUCCACCGUCUUUGAAACGGGUGAAGCUUCACAUUCUAAGAAGCGGCAGUGAAGGAAAGUCCUGUGUUUACAAGCUACAACCAAAUUUGCUCUAGUAGUGAUGGCUGAAGCUAAAGAGUUGCUGUCUAUCAGUGACUUUUAUGCUGAGAAAACUAUAUUUAUUACUGGUGCUACAGGAUUUCUUGGUAAAAUAGUGAUAGAGAAGCUCUUGAGAGAUUGUCCUCUUGUAAAGAAGAUUUUCCUUCUGACGAGGAGUAGACGUGGCGUGAACCCUCAGCAAAGAAUUGAUAAUAUUUUGGACAGUGGGGUUUUUGAUAAAGUCAGAGACAUGGGAGGUGACUGGAGAAGUAAAAUAGUGCCAGUGAAGGGCGACAUUGCAGAAGAAAAUCUUGGAUUGUCAGAUGAGGACUGGGAGACUCUUCAAGAAAGUGUUGAAAUUGUCUUCCAUUCAGCAGCAACUGUCAGAUUUGAUGAGGAUUUAAAGGAUGCAAUGUGUUUAAAUCUUAAAGGAACACAGAAUAUUAUCAAGUUGUGCCGAGGAAUCAAACAUCUUGAGGUGUUGGUUCACGUCUCUACUGCUUAUGCCAACUGUGACAGAGAUACCAUUGAAGAGAGAAUAUACCCUCCCUCUGUGGAUCCAGACAGGCUCGCCAACUCAAUUGGCUGGAUGGAUAACGACAUGGUGAAUGCGCUCACGCCCCAUUUGAUUGGCAAGCGACCUAACACCUACACCUUUACCAAGAGUUUAGCUGAACACGUGCUACUUCAAGAGGCUGACAAUUUUCCCAUAGCAAUUUUUAGACCAUCAAUCAUUGGUGCUGCAUGGAAAGAGCCCUAUGAAGGUUGGGUUGAUAAUUUCAAUGGACCAAGUGGACUAUUUGUUGCUGCUGGAAAAGGAAUGCUGCGGUCGAUGAUUGGGGACUUGAAUGCCAUAGCGGACAUUAUCCCUGUGGACUUCUCUGCCAACAUGAUGCUUGCCAUUGCUUGGCACAGAGUUGUGAAAAGGCAUUCAACUAUACCAAUCUAUCAUCUGACGACAGGAAUGUUGAACGGAUGUACGUGGGGAAACCUGUGUACAAUCCUGAGUCGUCAUUUUAAGACCUAUCCUUUUGAGGGUGUGUUCAGACGACCAAACUUUUCUUUUGAGUCAAGAAAACUGAUGCACUUCUACUGGUGUUACAUCAGUCACAAAAUCCCUGCCUUCAUCGCUGAUAUGACAUCAUUUUGCUCUGGACAGAGACCAAUAAUGAACAAGUUGUACGGGAAAAUAGAGAGAGCCACCAGAAGUUUGAUCUACUUCACAUCAAGAGGCUGGGAGUUUUCAAUGGAUAACUAUCGUGGAUUAAUUCAAGACAUGAGUCCCCAGGACAGAGAGACUUUCAAUUUUGACGUAGAGAAGCUUGACUGGAACACAUAUUUUGUGCGGUUUGUUCUUGGAAUCAAGCAGUUUCUUUUGAAGGAAGAUUUAGCGAACCUUCCUGUGGCGCAGAGCCGUAUUCGCAGACUGCGUAACAUCCGUUGGACGGCGUACUUUGUGUUGUUCCUGUUUUCCUCAUGGCUCAUUAUCAAGAGGUUCCCAGCCGCACAGACUGCUUGGGCCCAGUGCUUAUCCGGCGUUCACAGGCUGGCGCGGGCCCUGGAACCAUUCAAGCUCUCCAACUAGGUGUUACUUAUAAAUUAUGAUGAAAAAAAAAUAUGAGCAGAACUUUAUUCGUUUUUUUGUUGUUGUUGUUGUUGUUGUUUUUGUACGUUCAUCCGUAGAACAUAGGCUUUGUGGCCAUUACGUGAUACUUUUGUACAAUCUAGACGCAGAUUUAAAAGCAAACGUUUUGUAAUUGUAAUGUAUAUUGUAACUACGUUUUCUAAGAGGAACCAAAAAAACAGUGUUCAAGCACAAGUAUUGAGGUAUAGCAGUCUACACUCUAAAAUUGACAUUACUGUUAUUUAAUAUAUAGUUUCAUAAUUGAUAACUGGUAAUUAAGUUUUGGAUGAUUGCCGCCCAGAAGCUGUGGUCCCUCAGAGUCAGAUGAUCGCUCGCAGCAUUGUGUGAAAUGCAACAAAGAUAUUAACUUCAGCUCGUGCAAAGUCAGAUUAACUGAGUGUAUAACUCGCAGAAACACUCGCUGAACGCCAGUUUAAGGACUGUACUGGUGUGUAAACUCGUGGUCGUGAUAAGGGGUUUUCGUUAAGUGUUUGAAACAAUUCAAGUACCCAAGUUAUGCAAAUGAAGUACCUGAUGCAUUGCCUAAUUCUCCUAAACCGACUUUAAGAAAAUAUUUCAGAAAAGUUGGGAGAAAUUUGGUCCUGAACCUGAAGGGAAUAAUUUAAGAAGACAGCAAAUGGCUUUGACUUUAGAAUAGUAGAUAAGUUGUAGACCAUUUAGGGGUUUGCACAGGCCAAGUUGGCCUGAACAUUUGUAACUUUAUGAAAGGUACAUUUGAAACCCUUGAUUCGCAUGUGAGCGAAACACAGUUUUUGCUUUCUAAGCUAAGAAACUUCAGUUUAAAUUUUGUUGUAACAAAGAGUUGAAUGAAAGUACGCAUUGGUGUCAAAGUAAAUAAGAAACUAUAAUGUAUGAUCUUGGGUUAGCCAAAACCCUAACCCUACCUCAUCAGAAGUAAAGUUUCUUGAAACUGUUUGGCAUGUAAAAGUGUCUUAAAAUGCCCAAUGUGGCAAAAGAAGAUUGAACUCUUGUUAUCGCUAAGAAGGAUUCAAUUGUGAUUCCAGGUAAUCGAGCGUCACUUUCUACCAUGGCGUGUUGUGCUAUAUUGCUAUUGUAAGUUAAGUCAUUGUGGAAAAUAAUAUAGCCAAGGCGAAAAUUAUGCUAAAAGUUAGUUAGACACAACACUGAGUAUCAAAAUGGUAGGUUAAAUUUAUUAUCAAAUACGAUAUUGAUCAGACGAAAUAAAUUGAUGCAAACUUGAGAA